GACCAAUUUAGAGUUUAUAAUCGAAAGAAGUGGAAAAGAUUAAAAUCUUAUAUUCCUUUGGCUUUUUUGGUCGCAGUGGUUGUAGUAAUGAAACAAUUAAGUAACCAUUAGCUUUUCCCGACGUUUCGACAGGGGUUGCUGUCUUCUUCAGGGGAACAAUUAUUUACAAUAUAAAGACGAUAUAUACAAACAAAUUUUCGGAAUGCCCAUGGGUAAUCCACUGUCACCUACCAUCGCCGAUUUAGUACUCGAUUAUUUACUUGAUGAGUGCUUUGAAAAAAUGAUUGAAAAACCAAGAUUUGUUGCAAAGUAUGUAGACGACAUAUUUGCUGUAAUAAAUAAAGAUAAAAUUGAAGAAGUUCUUAGAUCCCUCAACGGUUUUCAUCCUAAAAUACAAUUCACCAUCGAAAUGGAGAAAAAUUUUGAAAUAGCGUUUCUUGAUGUAAAAAUUCGACGGCAAAACGAUUCUCUUAUGUUCAAUUGGCACCAAAAAGACACGGCAUCAGGAAGAUUAAUCAAUUUUCGUUCCAACCAUCCGAAACACAUAAUUCUAAAUACAGCUUCCAACUUAAUAAGUAAGAUUUUCACGAUAAGUGACACUUGUUUCCACAGAACAAACGAAGAAAAAAUAAUUAAAAUGUUGAGAGACAAUGGGUUUCCUUCUACCUUAAUACGCAGUCUUCUCUUCAAACAUAAAAAUAAAAUUCCCCAAACCAAAAAAGAUGAUCGUCCAACUGGCUACUAUAACAGCGUUAUUUUUGUACCUGGCUUAACGGAAAAUUUCAAAAAAUCUAUCGUCAACAAAACCAAAAAUAUUCUCAUGGCUUAUAAGCCCAACAUGACGCUCAGCCAUCUCUUCACAAAACUCAAAAACAAACCAGAGAAAGAUAAAGCUACAGAUGUGAUCUACAAGAUUAACUGCAAAGGAAAACCGAAUGAACCAUGCAAUUUGUGCUACAUUGGCACAACAAAACAAUUUCUCCGCCAACGCAUGUCCAACCACAAGUCGGACAUCAAAUCCAACAACCCUGGAAAAACUGCAUUAGCCAGCCAUGCAAUUGAGUAUGGCCACACUCCGGACUUCGAAGAUGUUAAAGUUCUCCAGACUGAACGACAUACGUCUAAACGAUAUACACUGGAAACACUGCACAUCAUUAAUAACAAAAACAACAUGAACCGAAAGCUCGACACACAAAACAUAUCAUCCGUAUAUUGUUCUCUUGUCUCAUAGUAAAUGUCAAAAAUAUUUGUUUUUUUUUGUUUGUAAUAAUUAAAGACUAAACUUCUCUUUGAAGUGUAUUUUGCUCAUUUUUAUUUUUUUAAUCUUUGCUUUUUAAUGUAGAUUACAAUUUUUGUUAUAUUUUUAUGUAACUUCCCCUGAAGAAGACAGCAACCCCUGUCGAAACGUCGGGAAAAGCUAAUGGUUACUUAAUUGUUUCAUUACUACAACCACUGCGACCAAAAAAGCCAAAGGAAUAUAAGAUUUUAAUCUUUUCCACUUCUU